CGACGGAAAAUCCCGAAGCCCGCGGUGCCUGCUGGGAAAACUCAUCAAACCGCCAUCUUUCCUUAAAGCGAGUUAGUAGGGCAAAACAACAGCUAGUUUGAAGGGUUAUUUCUCCAAAAUUAACCCGCUGGAGCAGCGCAACAUCAGCUGUUCGUGUGAAUAAGAAGCUUAAAGAGGAGCGGGCGGAGUGGAGGGCCUGAUUCGGUACACAUAUCAGCCGUAGAAUCCAGCAGUCCGCAGGGCACCAUGGGCCGCUCUCGGAGCCGCAGCUCGUCCCGGUCCAAGCACUCCAAAAGCAGCAAGCACAGUAAGAAACGGAGCCGGUCCCGGUCGCGAUCUCGAGACAGGGAGCGCUCCAAGAAACGCUCCAAGUCCCGAGAGUCGAAGAGGAACCGGCGCAGAGAAUCCCGGUCCCGAUCCCGGUCCAACACAGCGUCGUCCCGCAGAGAGAGAGCAGCCUCACCGCCGGAGCGCAUCGACAUCUUCGGCCGGACACUGAGCAAGAGGAACGCGCUUGAUGAGAAGCAAAGGAAGGAGGAGGAGGAGAGGAAGGCGGAGAUGGAGCGACAGAGGAAGAUCCGGCAGCAGGAGAUUGAGGAGAAGCUGAUCGAGGAGGAGACGGCGCGGCGAGUUGAGGAGCUCGUGGCCAAACGUGUGGAGGAGGAGCUCGAGAAGCGGAAAGACGAGAUUGAGCGGGAAGUGCUGCGACGCGUCGAGGAGGCGAAGCGCAUCAUGGAGCGGCAGCUGCUGGAAGAGCUGGAGCGGCAGCGGCAAGCCGAGCUGGCGGCACAGAAGGCCAGAGAGGUAACGCUCGGUCGUUUGGAACGCAGCCCCUCCCUUACCCCUACACCACCCCGUACCCAAACCCCUUCAGCUCCCUUCACCUCUCAGUUUCCCACUCUGACUGGGUCUUUGGUCUUUUAUUUUAACUGUUUAAAGUGUAACCCAGCCAUGGCACAAGUUUCACACAGUUGGAUGCAGCUGUGCUCAAGGGAAGUGGCAGCUUUCAGAAUAAAAGGAAAAGGGAGUACCUUGGCUUCAGAUACUAAAGCAAAUCAAUAUAUCCAAGGGUAUAAUGAAUGUUCUUCAUUGGUGUAAAUUACUGAAGUAAUAAUAACAGCAGUGACGAGAAUAAUAACGAAAUUCCUGUCAUUCACUUUUUUUUUUCUUUUUUUUUGCAGUAGUUGCAUUUCAGCUCAGUGUGGGAGUCUUUCAGGCUGUUAGCUUAGUUUCUCUUUUCAUUAGGCAGUGAGUGGACCUCUCAUAGUGAAAAACCAUCCAAUGGGUUUUAAAUCGAAACAAACUACCAUGUUACCUCAACUCUCCAGCUGUUUAUCCAAAACAUUUCACUUAUUCCUGAAAUCAUGGGUAAGGUGAUAUGUUUUUACACAUUCGAGUAUUUGAAAAAUUAUAUUGUUUAUGUGUUUAUCUUGUGUCUACCAUGAGUUUGGUAGGAUGUAACGUGCUACAGUUAAAAGGUUAAAAGUUGACAUUUUAUUUCUGUUUAAAAAAAAUUAUAAUUUAAAAGAGAUUAGAGGAUAGCAGUGCAUUUCUAACUUGCUGGUGAGAGUUUUGCCAUGGCGGGUUUCAAAACAAUAUUCAUUUCUUUUCUGGUUUACUCAAAUUUCUUAGUUUUGUAUUUAAGGUAUAUAUAUAUAUAUAUUUUCUUUUAAAUUUAAAGAUUAAACUUUACCAACUAGAUUGCUGCCUGUCAGUGGUUAUUUUAGGGUUUCUUUUGUUUUUUAAGGCUUUUUAAAAACAUAAAAAAUAUACUAUGCAAUUAUUACAAGUCUGACAUUGUAACUGCCAUUAUUAGGGUGGAUUUUUUUUUUCUUUCCCGGGCCCCAAAACAAAUUUUUCUGAAUCUAACAAUCGAAACCGUGAUAUAAAAUAUUCAAGGCGAAAACAAAAUUUAUAGAGGCAGUUACAUAAGUCCUGUCUCACUGCUGGAAUAUUUAUUAAACUGAAAGUUUUUUUUCUUCCGACUUUUAUCAGAAUAAGUGAACGUAAGAUUUACAGACGUUCUAUCUGCGAAUCUUACGUUCAAUUAUUAUCAGGGAAAUCUUCAGUGGUGUGAAACGUGUUAUUUAACUUGUUUCUGUGCAUAGUCAAGGUAUAGACCAUGACUUUUUAAUAAGUGGAAGAGAGACUUCUGGAUUAUUCACUUAAUCAGCCAGGGAUCUGAACUGAUUUAGUUAUUCAUUUUAAAAAAAGCCCACAGGUUUCUAAUUGAAUAAUGAAUAGCUAAUUUGUUUGAAUACAGGUAAUUAGUCUUUUGAAUUCAGUAUUUCACAGUGCAGUUUUUAUUUAUUUAUAUUAUGUAAUCUUUAGCUCUACAGAUGUUUUUGUUAAUUUAAGUGUGAGUAUUUUUAUGCCAAAUUUUACCUUGUUGAGAUGUUUGUCAUUGUAUUGCACUUUAGGCUAUUAGGCUAGGCUGUGUUUAACUUCAUUUAGCUGAUAAAGCUGGAUUUUUCCAACUCUUGGGAUUAAGUAUAUUAUUUUAAUACAUACAGACUUAUUUUAAAUUACCUGAACUUAACUUGUCUUAACUUAUCUGAACUUACCUCAAGUUAACUUAUCCAAAGCUUAACUUCUAGAACACAGCUGAGCUGAACUUAUUGCAACUUACUGCACAGUAACUUACUUUUACUCAUUAUACUUGAUAAUAAUUUGUGUGAAACUACUUGAACUUAAGUUCAGAUUAGUUAAAUUGGCUUUAAUUCUUAACUUAGCAUAAGAUGAGUUUAGAUAGUUUCAGCUUAUUAGUUGGAGCUUAUCUUGAUUUAGGCUAAACUAAUCAUUUCAGGUAUCUGAACCACUACAUGGUUGUUACUAUAUACACAUACCAAUUGUUUUGGUUGUUUUAGUUUGGUACUUGUGUGACAUUGUUUGGUUCAUUUGGUAUUCCUGCUCAUGUUUUAACUAUCAAAAUGUUUUGCUUUAAAACCUGAUUUGUGCUGUGAAUUUGUUGAAUUUUGGAAGGUAAUAAGCAGAUUAAUGUCGUUAGUCUUCAGUUGGUAAUAGCCUGUAUACCUGAUGAAGGUCAGAUGGACAAAAACAUUGUAAUUUAAUUUGUUUUCCAGCAAAAAGUGAGAGUUUGCACAGGAAAGAUGCUAGGACAUCUGCUAAGUAAGGUCUUCUGGGGUCUUGCCUUUAACUUUAUUCAAACUGAUUUCUUUUCAGAUGCUUAGUCGCCCUAAAGGUUCCUUUUUAAACUAAGAACAAACAACCCUGGCUCCCCUCCCUGGGCACUAUUAAGAAAAAUGGCGUUUGUUUACAUCACAGUAUUGUGAAUGAGCGGUCCAGCUAAAGCGCAGCGGCCAUUGACUCGGGACUAAUAGGCUAAGAAAUGUACCCCCCAACUCUUUGUUUACCCUCAGGACUAGGAAGAAAGGUCAGCGAUGUGUAGAAAUGUUCAUCACGUCUGUUUUAAUCCACCUCACCUGCUCUUUAACUCUUUGGGGGAGGGGAACAUUACAGGGACGCUUCAUUUCCUGUUUCCUGUCCUGACAGGUUAAUCCCCUCUCACCUGUGUCACCUGUUGAUGAUUUUUGUGGAGCUUUUGGAACAAAAUGUGUUGAUUUAUUUUUGUGCUGACAACUUGCUUCUCCUGUAGGCUCAGUUUGGAAAUGUGUUUGUGCUGUUUUUUUUGUUAAUUUUUUGGAAACACCACCUUCCUAACUAGCAUUGACCUGCAACCUUUCAGCUCAGCCGUGACCCGCGUCCUGUACUGUAAGUGUACCGUGGGCGGGUCCACUUCGAACACACACACACUCUCUCUCUCUCACACACACACACACACUUACAUACUUGCACAAACACACACCUGCACACAAACACAGACAAACAUCUUUGUACUGCACUCCUUCACCGCGGCUGCAGGCUAAGCCGUAAACUGAUCAGUAAUAAAGAGGAAUGGCGCCGUAUGGCAGAAACCCCCAUAUCUACCUACCCACACCAGGAGCGCUCCUGUCUCUGCAGGGGCCACACAGUCCGGACGAGACAGUAAAUAUUCAACCGUUUAACGCUUUCACCAGUUGUGUAGGUACACAGGAAAAUGGUAUACGUGCAUUGGUGAGCCAAAACUAUUCCCUCCUUUAUUUUUCUCUUGCUUAUAAACAUGUUAAAAAGCAGCAGCAGCUUUGAUUGUCUGUCUUUUUUAUAUAUGUCUUCUAUUGAUGAGUGUAAUCAUGCAGCACUAGGUGUGUGUUAGUCUUUAAUUUUUCUCUAGGCAGCAUUAGAGGGAUUUUUAAAAAUGUGUGAGAGGCUGAACAAACUUGUCGUGAGUGUGUGAGUGAGCGCGUGCGUGCGUGCCUUUUGUGGCCUGUUCGUGCGCUAACAUAUCAUCGUGUUGCUUGUUUAGGAAGAAGAAAAAUCGAAGCGGGAGGAGCUGGAAAAAAUCCUGGAGGAGAAUAACCGCAAGAUCGCAGAGGCUCAGGCCA